GCUCGCGGGCCGCGGAGUUCCAGCAGUCCGCGAGCUGCCGUCGGCUCCGCGCGGGGGGGCGGGCCGGGCACCCCGGGGCGCCGAGGAGCGCUCUUUGCUUCUUUUCCUUUCCCCCCACUCCGCACUCCAGGGCACCCUCUGCCCAGUCCACGCUGCUUCCUUCUCCCUCUCUUCUCGGCCCCCAGCAAACUUUCGGUCCCUCCCCGCCCCUCGCCCGUUAUUCGUCGUGGCUCGAGCUCGGCCGCGCCGCCCCGAGGGCUCCUCCCAACCUCCCUGCCGGCAGCUCCGACCAUUACAGGACCCAGAAACAUGUCGACCACGCUUCUGUCGGCCUUCUACGAUAUCGACUUCUUGUGCAAGACGGAGAAAUCCCUGGCCAACCUCAAUCUGAACAACAUGCUGGACAAGAAGGCCGUGGGGACGCCGGUAGCCGCUGCCCCCAGCUCGAGCUUCACGCCCGGCUUCCUCCGACGGCACUCGGCCAGCAACCUGCACGCGCUCGCCCACCCCGCGCCCAACCCCGGCAGCUGCUCGCCCAAGUUCCCGGGCGCCGCUAACGGCAGCAGCUGCGGCAGCACGGCAGCGGGCGGCCCGGCCUCCUACGGCCCCCUCAAGGAGCCGUCGGGGGGAGGCGGCGGCACGGCGCUGCUCAACAAGGAGAACAAAUUCCGGGACCGCUCGUUCAGCGAGAACGGCGAGCGCAGCCAGCACCUCCUGCACCUGCAGCAGCAGCAGAAGGGAGGCGGCGGUUCGCAGAUCAAUUCCACGCGCUACAAGACGGAGCUGUGCAGGCCCUUCGAGGAGAGCGGCACGUGCAAGUACGGGGAGAAGUGCCAGUUCGCGCACGGCUUCCACGAGCUGCGCAGCCUGACCCGGCACCCCAAGUACAAAACGGAGCUAUGCCGCACCUUCCACACCAUCGGCUUCUGCCCCUAUGGGCCGCGCUGCCACUUCAUCCACAACGCGGACGAGCGGCGGCCUGCGCCUUCAGGGGGCGCCUCAGGGGACCUGCGCACCUUCGGCGCCCGCGACGCGCUGCACCUGGGCUUCCCGCGGGAGCCGCGGCCCAAGCUACACCACAGCCUCAGCUUCUCGGGCUUCCCGUCCGGCCACCACCAGCCCCCGGGGGGCCUUGAGUCGCCUCUGCUGCUCGACAGCCCUACGUCGCGCACGCCGCCACCGCCCUCCUGCUCUUCGGCCUCAUCCUGCUCCUCCUCCGCCUCCUCCUGCUCCUCGGCCUCUGCGGCCUCCACGCCCUCCGGCGCCCCGACGUGCUGCGCCUCCGCAGCGGCUGCGGCCGCCGCCGCACUGCUCUACGGCAGCGGGGGCGCGGAGGACCUGCUCACUCCCGGACCCCCGUGCGCCGCCUGCUCGGCCUCGUGUGCCAACAACGCCUUCGCCUUCGGCCCGGAGCUGAGCAGCCUCAUCACGCCGCUGGCCAUCCAGACCCACAACUUCGCCGCCGCGGCCGCCGCCUACUAUCGCAGCCAGCAGCAGGGCCUGGCGCCCCCAGCGCAGCCCCCGGCGCCGCCCAGCGCGCCCCUCCCUGCCAGUGCGGCUGCGCCCCCGCCGCCCUUCAGCUUCCAGCUGCCGCGCCGCCUGUCCGACUCGCCCGUGUUCGACGCUCCCCCCAGCCCCCCGGACUCGCUGUCCGACCGCGACAGCUACUUGAGCGGCUCCCUGAGCUCGGGCAGCCUCAGCGGCUCGGAGUCCCCCAGCCUCGACCCGGGCCGCCGCCUCCCCAUCUUCAGCCGCCUCUCCAUCUCCGACGACUGAGGCAAGAGGGCGCCAGUGAGGAGGAGGAGGAGGGGAAAGACCGUGCUGGGGUGUUGGAGGCGCCCUCGCCAUCUCGCCCCCGGGUGGGGGCUCAGGGUGGGAUGACAAAGCCACAGGCAGACUUGCAGGCCCCACCGAGCACUUGGACUCGAACUCUGUGCUGGGAGGGGCCCCCUCCCUUUUCGGUUUUCCCUUGUUUAUUAUUAUUAUUUUUAUUAUUAUUAUUGCAAAGUUUCAUUCUUGUUGAGCAAAAAAGGCCAACGAACUUUUUGUAUCGAUGAACAAAAAUAUUCACAACGGGGCAGUUGUGAUGCGAAUAAGAACAAAAAGCCAAACACUUAAAACUUUUUUAGGUCUCCAAUGAGUUUGGGACUCUAGGAAAAAUCAGCCCAGCACCAGCAGCUACCAACCACCAUUCCAGCUCUUCACUUGAAAAGCAUUAGAGUCCAGAUGUGGGAACUUCUUAUCUUGAAAGAAGUUCUUAAUUAUCUCAGACCAGUGUAAACAAACCAGCCAGCCACCACCUUGCUAAACUAUAAGCUUUUAGAAUGCAAUAUUCUGCCAAGAAUAUGCCUUGAUAGUGCCCUCGGCCCCAUAGGUUUUUCUGGGGGAGGGGUUUGUUUGUCUGCUUGCUUUUUGUUUUUAACAAAGUGAUAUGUGUCUGGGGGAGGGGGACAAACCCUUGCAUUCCAAAGUUUCAUACUGGUUUCAUUGCCACCACUUAGUGGAAGUUUAGUUUAGGACCAUUUUGUCUGCUCUCUGGAAGCCUUGGGCAGAGCUUAGUUUGUAAUUGUUGGGGAAUAACUGCUGAAUUUUUAGCUGUUUUGAGUUGAUUCGCACCACUGCACCACAACUCAAUAUGAAAAAAACUAUUUAACUUAUUUAUUAUCUUGUGAAAAGUAUACAUUGAAAAUUUUGUUCAUACUGUAUUUAUCGAGUAUGAUGAAAAGCAAUAGAUAUAUAUUCUUUUAUUAUGUUAAAUUAUGAUUGCCAUUAUUAAUCGGCAAAAUGUGGAGUGUAUGUUCUUUUCACAGUAAUAUAUGCCUUUUGUAACUUCACUUGGUUAUUUUAUUGUAAAUGAGUAAAAAAAAUCUUAAUUUAAGAGAUUGUAUGUAAUAUUUAUUUCAUUAAUUUCUUUCCUUGUUUACGUAAAUUUCGAAAGAUUGCAUGAUUUCUUUACAGAAAUCUAUCUUGAUGCUGUGGAAGUAGUUUGAGGAAUAUCUUAUGAGUUUUCUUAGAAUGUAUAAUGGUUGUAGCCUAUCCAACUUUAAAGGAAAAAAAAAAAAAAGAAUGACCACAUACUUUGCAAUCAGGCUUACAUGUGGCAUACUUUUCUAAUUCCAACUUUAUAAACUAGCAAAAAAAAAAAAAAAUGUGUUUGCUGAUUCCACCAGUUCUACUGUGACAUACUCUUGGGUAUAAA